AUGGACCCUUCUAAACCAGCGGAACAUUCUCUACAAGCCAUUGCCAAAGAGAGACUGGAGCAAAAGACCUUACCUUACACAUGGAAACAAACGCUUGAAGACAUUAGCGUCACGAUCGCGUUUGCCAACUUUACAAAACCUAAAGAAUUAUCGAUUAAGAUCACUAAUAGCAGAUUAUGCGUGGAAAACCUCACCACAAAAACACUAAUAGUUGAUGAUGAUUUGUUCACUAAGAUAGACGAGUUUGAAUCUACUUGGUCGGUGGUCGACCAACGGGAAUUGGAAAUCACCCUCGUGAAAAUCAAGGAAGAAUGGUGGCCUCAUGUGGUCAAACUGGCCCCCAAAAUAGACGUGAGAAGAAUCGGUCCCCAGAACUCCAGUCUCAAUGAUUUAGAUGGCGAAACCAGAGCCAUGGUGGAAAAAAUGAUGAUGGAACAACGUGAACAGAAAAUUGCCGAUGCUACAGGCAAUAGAUGA